AUGUCUUCAAUCCAAGCCUCAUACCCUAGAUAUUUCUAUCAUCCGAGCGGGGGUAUCUAUGCUUUACCUGGCCAUGUUCACAGCGGACAUUUUCACCCAGUUCUGGUCCGGGAGCGCAAUGGCUCGAUUCAUACGAAACCACCACGAACCACCAAAUGCUCCUCGCCAACCACCCCUCCCGCGGAGAGACGGGCUUACGCCGCUCGGGAACAAGCGCGCAAGGAAACGAGGCCCCCAGCUCCUGGUGAAGAGUCGGACUCUUCAAAUUCAGCCUCAUCGAAAGCAUCCCACUUACGGGGAUCCUCCAGAUAUUAUUUUCAUCCGAUACAUGGACGUUCUGACUCGACGGAAAAGCUUUCAACCAAAAACUCGCAGAAAAUACCUCACAAGUCUUCCAAGGCACCUCGUUCGCCUGAUAGCGAUACUGAGUCCAAGUACAGCAAUGGUGAAUAUGCGCCGGUUUGUAGUCACUCUCCACACAGAUUGCAUCCUCCCCACGCCUAUCGACACAGCUAUCAUGGCCUAGCACCGGAGCACUACGUGAUCAAGGUGCCAGUUCCUUCUCACUGUCCGGACUGCUGUCAGUCAAUUGCUCAACACACACCUGAGACUGUCCCAGCCGCCAAACCCCAGGCUCAUCCACCAGCGGAAGCCCCGAAGGAGAAGUUCAGAAAGAGCAAUGCUGCCCGCACGCCUCACGGGAAUGACUUUGCAAAAGCAUCUGGUCCGUCCAUGGCACGUGUUGUCUGUCAUUGUGGUCUUGUGCAUUUCGAUGUUCCUUCUCCACAUCCACAGCCACAGUCACAAAAAGCACUUCCUCGCGAGCACAAGCAUGAAUCUCGAGGGAAAUUUGUUGAACGUGAGCAAGUCCGUCCUCACGGGCAUCGGCAUCGGCACACACGGUAUCGAAAGCACCGCCACCAUGACUCAAGUUCAUCCUCUGACACUGACCCCACUGAGCACGAAGAUACCAGCUCCGAAAGUAGCGUGGACGCUCAAGUCGGACAUGCACGCUUUGGAUUUGAAGUGCCGGCUGAUGACUGGGAGGUGUGCAGUGAGAAAUGCUGUGGUCAUCCAGUGCUUUACAUUAUGCGGUAG